AAAGAGAGAGAGAGAGAUAAAGGAAGAGAGAGAGAGAGAGAGAGGAAAUGAGAGAAAGGGACGGAGAAUGAAAAGAGUGAGAAAAGCGAACGGUAGUAGUUCGAACGUAUCGUGUCUUUGAAAUUUGCCCUCUGCCGGCGUGUUCUCGUGUUAAUUCGAUCAUCAGGUGUUUGAAAGAUUCACGCACGCAGAUUAGUUCGUUUCAGGCUUUUCGUACUCUUGUGCGUUACGUUCUCAUUCGAUAAGUGUGUCGAAUUGAUCGAAAUAAAUUAAAUUAAUCGUUGAAUAAGAAAAAGAGAGACAGAGAAAGAGAGAAAGAGAGAAAAAGAGAAAGAGAAAGAAAGAAAGAGAGAGAGAGAGAGAGAACUAGUUAAACGAAACAUUUUAUAUAAAGAAUAUGAAUAUAAAAGCUCAUAACCAUAAAUAAUCGGCGAAGUUAAUGGGACGAGUUUUUGCAUAUCGAUAUACUAUCCAUUAUUGAAAGAGACUAAGUAGAAAUAUCAACAAGAUCAAAGAAAAAAGAGAAAAAAAAAAGGAAAGAAAAGAAAAGAAAAGAAAAAAGAGUUAAUUACGGUCGAUCUGCACGAGGCAGUUAAGUGUUAUGACGAGUUUAAACUCUUGCACGGAUAAAAGUUUAUGUCAUCUCGAUAAACCUUCGAGGGAUGUAAUAGAAUCCAAUGUUAAAACAUUCGAUGAUAAACUACCGAAGGAAUUGAGUCGUCUAGAAUCUCAAGUUGCCGGCCAUACCUUCGAUAAUGAAAAACAAACGAUCGGUAUGUUGAGAGCACCAUUGGGAAGAGUAUUAAAGCCCAUCACGAAGCCUCAUCUCGGUGAGAGAGAAAUAUCUUUCUAUGAGAACUUGCAAAAUUCUUGCGACGAGACUAUCUUGGAAUUGAAAAAUUAUGUGCCAAAAUAUUUCGGUACGACCGAGAUAUUAUACUCUGACAAAAAUGUAAAAUUCGUCGUGCUUCAAGAUAUAACAGAGGGCAUGGCCGAACCAUGCGUGAUGGAUGUAAAAAUUGGCAAACGUACGUGGGAUCCAUUGGCCAGCGAAGAAAAGAGGAUAAGCGAGGAAAAGAAAUACGCCCAAUCGAAGGAAGCUUAUGGCUUUUGCAUUACCGGUUUUCAAGUGUAUUGUCUCUCGGGUGGCGAGCUUAAGAAGUUUGACAAGAAUUAUGGCAAGACACUUACUCCCCAAGCGGUAGUCGAAGCAUUGAAGAUCUUUCUAAACGUGACACCGCAGAGGCCAGCAUGUCGUCAAUUGAUCGUCAAAUUGUUAUCCCUACUUUGGAAGAUACUCGUUAUAUUUCGUAAGCAAGAAAACUUUCGUUUUUAUUCGAGUUCAAUACUGAUCGCUUACGAUGCCAGAAGAUUACGUUAUUAUCAGCGUUUUGGGAAUGACGAUAAGAAAAAAUCAUCGAUAAAUUGUCAACGUGCCAAGUCAUUUUCUUCGACGUUGUCGAGUAGCGGAACGAACGACAAGAAUUUGGAAAAGGGUAGUUCCUCUUCAUCAAAGGAAUCAUCUCAGAAUAUUCAAGAUCUUCGUAGGAAGGUUUUAGAAAGGACGCGAUUGUUGAAACGUAGCGUUAGCCUACAAUUUGGUAUUAAGGAUUGUUCUAAUUCAUUCGAAAGGGAUAAUACGUAUCGUGAAGUAUCGUUAUUGCAAAGAAGCGAUUCCUAUGGUCCAGAUUCGAAGAUAGACAAAUUAUGUCGUACUCAUUCCCAUGUUAAUAAUUUCGAUCAGGAGAUUGCCAAUAUGAAGGAGGAUUACGUCGCACUUUUGAACGAACUUAGCAGUACCUACGAGGACAAACAAAAUUGGGUCAGGGUGAACAUGAUCGAUUUCACUCACGUAUUUCCUGCACCAAAUGAGACCGCAGGCUUGGACCACAAUUAUCUCGAGGGUAUUGAAAAUUUGAUCAAACUUUUCGAGACCUUUCUGAUACAGAAAGAAGGAUAUACCUUGACGUUGGACACGUAAGAGACGAUUAAUGAUCCAUAUACGUAUAAAUAUACAUAUACAUAUAUAUAUAUAUAUACAUAUAUGUAUAUACUGUACCAUACCUGAUGAUCCUUUUGAUUUAACGAAGGUCUAUCAAAGACUGGAAUUUAUUUUCUUUCGAAUAAUAUAAAUGAGAGAAUGAAAGAGAAAUAUAGAUAGAUAGAUAGAUAGAUAGAUAGAUAGAUAAAUAGAUAAAUAGAUAAAUAGAUAAAUAAAUAGAUAGAUAGAUAGAGAGAGAGAG